CCCUGAGCUGACACCUCGCCAGCAACGUUGAUUCUUUUAGCUGAGCUCAAAGGAAGUCUGAAAUCUAAAGCCCGGUCGACAUAACGUGAAACUCGGAAUGGAAGACGAGGGCUACAUCCUAGUUUCCAGAGAUGAUAUUGAAUGUGGUUUGCAUCGCAUUGAGACCAAGGAAGACAAACACUCGCCCGAGUACCUGACAGACAUUGAGAGCUACAUCGAGAGUCUUUGGGAUUCACUUUGGACGUUGAACGCCUUCAUUCACGCAAACCCAGAGCUGGCGUUCCAGGAGUACAAGGCACACCAGGCCCUGACAGACUUCUUGCGAUCGCGAGAGGAAGGAUGGCAGGUAACAGGUUCGGCCUGUGGAAUGGAAACCGCAUGGAUAGCAGUCUUCGAUAGUGGUAAACCGGGGCCGGCCGUCUCUUUCAACGUUGAAAUGGACGCACUCCCCAAUUUGGGCCACGCCUGCGGGCAUAAUCUGAUCGCUACUGCCUCCAUGGCUGCUGGCUUAGCAACGGCGGAGAUGAUGCGACGAUACAAGCUUGUCGGGAAGGUUCUCAUCUUUGGCACGCCGGGAGAGGAAGGCUUUGGCGGUGGCAAGAUUCGCCUCAUGGAGCGCGGAGCAUACAAAGGAGUCGACGUCUCUCUGAUCUCGCACCCUGGAAUCCUGCACAACAGCCCUCUUGUCCGGACAACCGCAUUUGCCCGCCUCGGGGUCGAAUACUUUGGACGUGCUGCUCACGGGGCCAAGAAUCCGUGGAUGGGCAUCAAUGCCCUCGAUGCCCUUGUCGUCUCCUACAAUGCCGUAUCGGUCUUGCGCCAGCAGACCAUGCCAGGAGAUGUCAUUGGCCUGGCCAUUACCGAUGGCGGAGAGGAAGCCACCAACAUUAUCCACGCGUAUGCUGCUUGCGUCUGCGUGAUCCGCGCCAACAGUGCCUCUCGACUUCAUGACCUCCAAGAAAAGGUCAGCGCUUGUUUUCGAGCCGGAGCCGAGGCCACCGGCGCGAUGAUCAAAUUGAGGAUCACUCCAGGAUACCAAGACCACUUCCCCAACAGAGUUCUCGCGGCAUCCUACACAAAGUACUGGGAUUCGCUGCCAGACCUGCCCGAUCCUCCGAUCCAGCCGCCAGGCUGCGGGGACCAGCGGUUUACCUGGGUGAAGUCGAGCACGGAUCAAGGCAACAUCAGCCAUAUCAUGCCUAGUGUCAAUGCGAGCUUUGCCAUUCCCCCUGGUCCGAAGGCAGGACAACCGCAUAGUCCAGAUUUUAAGAUGGCGGCAGGGACCAAGUCGGCCUUCAUGAGGGCGUUGAGAGUAGGAAAGGCGCUCGCAGGGACGGCUGUGGAUGUGCUGGCAAGGCCUGGGCUGCUUGGUGAGGUCAAGAAGCAAUGGAGACGAGACAUGGAAGCGCUGAGUAAACUAGAGUGAUGCACUAGGCUCUUGACGAUGAAGGCGCAGGGAAAACCCGGUUGUACAUCUGCGUAUCUUGACUGAACUCUCUAGGACAUCCCAACGCCUCAUGAUGAUAGGUAAGGUACCUUGUGCUUGAGUUAAGGUUCUGGUGCCGGCCCCCCCUCAUCACCGAGCCAACAGAUAGUCCUGCAUGAUCGACUUUGUUCAUUUU